AUGGCACCGUCAAACUCGAUCGGACUCCGCCAGCAGAGGUCGUCGACGGGCCUUGAAACAGCUGCGAGGAGAGACGGCGAUGACGAGGUUGUUGCCAUCGAGGGUCUGGACAUUAGUACACUUCCGCCGUCUAGGAGACUGUCGAACAGAGGUAAAGCUAGAGUCAUUGCGGGAAAUGCUCUUCUUCAACUUCCUAUAUGGGGCUUUCCCAUGACCUACGGUCUCUUCCAGGACUUCUACACCUCCAGCUGGCCACUUUCCGGCUCACCCUCUGGCACAGGUGUCAUCGGCACGACAUCCAACGGCAUCAUAUAUCUCUCCAUGCCGUUCCUCUUCGCAGCACUCAGCCAACGCUGGGCGCACUUGCGGCGCAGGGUAUCCUACCUCGGCAUUGCGCUCGCAGCACUCAGCUUCGUGCUGUCCUCGCUCAGCACGCGGUCAUGGCACCUGGUAGCCACGCAGGGGGUGCUCGCGGCGCUCGGAUCCGCGCUGCUCUACAGCCCCACGACACUCUCGCUGGGCGAGAGUUUCACCAUCGACAGCCGCGCGCUCGCGUACGGGGUGAUAUACUCGUCCAAGAGCAUUGUGGGGUCGACGUGCCCGUUCCUCCUACGCGGUCUUCUCGACGCCUACGGCUUCCGCAACACGAUGCGCAUCUGGAUGGCCAUCAUUACUUGCACGAGCAUGGUUGCAAUGUUUCUACUGCCCCGAGACCCGCUGAUCCAGCAAAGUCAUCAUUGUCACCGUCAUACUCGUACUCGUACUUUUUCCCGACACCGCGCAGAACAACAAGGACAACAACAAGAAGAAGCGGAAGAAGAAGAAGAAGACAGGUCUCGCGCAUCGCCCGCGCAUCACCAGCCCCGUCGCACGGCAUGGCACUUUCUCUCGUAUCGCACAUUCUACAUCUAUAUUGUCGCCACCAUGCUACAGUCAUCGGGCUACGGCAUCCCGCAGACCUACGUCAACAGCUACGCGCACUCACAGGCUCGGCUCUCGGCGACGUCGUCCACGCUCCUGCUCACCCUGUUCAACGUGCCAGGGAUCCUAUCGAGUUCGUUCUUCGGCUACCUGAGCGACAACCGCUUCUACCCGCUCUCCGCGACCACCACCACCGCCCUCUCGAGCGUCACCUCGGCCCUGUCCGUCUGGCUGCUCUGGGGCCUCGCACCCGCCCGCGGCGGCUCCAUGACGAUUCUGUCCCUGUUCAGCGUCAUGUUCGGCUUCUUCGCCAACGGCUACAGUGCGACCUUUGGUGGCGUGUGCAAGCAACUCGAGUGCGAGGCCAUCGAGCGCAACCAGGCCCUCGACGCUGGCGUUGUUUUUGGCAUGCUUAACGGGGCGCGCGGGCUGGGCUACGUCAUCGGCGGUGUUGCUGGCGUGAGCCUGUUAAAGGUCGGCGGGAAGAAGCUGGGUGGUGAUGAUGGGCACGGACACGGUAGCGGGCUGGGUCGUGCAGCCUACGGGACAGAGUACGGUCCUCUCAUCAUCUUUACGGGCCUCACCAUCAUCUUUGGAGGGUGGAGUGUUGCCUGGAAACUUUUCAACAAGAGGGUGUUCAAGUUGUUGUUUCGAUGUUUCAAGAGCUAG